UGACAUGUAAUAUCAUUUGUCAGAUUUAUAUUUUGCUUUGUGCCAGUAAUUCUUUUAGGUUUGUUUUGCUUUGUUAUCGUAAAAUAUAUUGCUUGUGGUAUUUUUUUGUAAUAAAUCGUAUGAUUUUGAAGAUUUCUUACAGAAUUACUUAAUUGCUUUCAUAAUCACGUAUACAAAACCUUUAUUCAAGAAUUUGCACGCUUUCAAGCACGAUGUCACGUAGCGAGAUCAAAGUAGGAGCUAGAACGGAAUGUAGUGAUUACAUUGACACGGAUUUUUCUUCUGGGGACUCAAAUAAAAUGAAACCUAAACAGUUUUAUCGAGAGGAGAAUAAUAACGAGGUCGAUGAAUUAUCAAAAGAUCUCACAGAGAUGGGAUGUAUAGUUGAUGCUGUGAAACGACCACCUAAUAUCUGUGUAGAGACUUGUGUGUAUGAGGACUCUGAUUCGGGCAACGAUAAAUCAGAAGUCGAGACCAAAGAUAAUGAAGACGACGUAUAUUCUGACGAGUUCGAAGAGGACAGAAGUGAAAUAGAAGAGGUGGUGAAAGAAAGAAAAAAACAAAGUAAAUCUGAACAUAAUAUUAUCAAGGAGACUCCAUCAACUCAACCUCUUGUCAAAUUAACAAAAAGUUUGUCGAAUAGUUCGACUAAUAAACAACAAUCUUUGUCUGGACAAUCUACGAAUUAUGGUUCGAUAUCAAUUCCUCCGACACGUCGCGUCAACAUGUCCUUCACAAACGAGAGACUGCGUGAAAUUGAGAGACACAACCACAUCUUACUGAACAAGAUCUUGAGUGCGCGUAACUCUCGCAAAUCCUCAAUACCGCCGCGAGAACAGGCAGCUAGGAAACCUGUGCCGCCUGCCGCUGUGCACCGUAAAAUGCAACAGAAGAAAAUAGACCACGACAAUAUGAUCCUCCUGAAGAAAAUCCAGCGCGCAAAGUCGUCGGCGUGCAGCAUGCGGCGUUGAUACAGAAGGCGCGUCGGCUGCGCGGGCGCACGUCGACGCUAUUCUCUGCCUACCCAGUUGUUGCACGCCAAUAUAAACGUUAUCCUCAAUAUAUUUUAUAUUAUCGUUUUCA